CCUUUAUCUAACUCAGUUAAAGCUGAAUUGGCGUCUUGUUCUGGCUCGCCAAGACCUUCAUUUAUCGGAGUGAAUCUUACCCCGCUCAUUAUUACUUAAUUUAACUCAAUGACAAAUUGGAAUAAUUUGAAAAACAACUAUCGUGGGUAACCUCAGGGCGCCACCGCUGUUAAGAUAGGUUAACAGCCUGCCAAUCGUUUACGGGUAUCUUCAAUGCUACUGCCAUGUUGAUGGUGGGAAAGGUUUAGGGGAGUAGGCGACUUCGUUUCAGUUCAUUUAGUUUUAUCUUAAAUGCUUGAUAAAGAAGUGCUGCUUAAGUUAUGCUUAGUUAUCAGUAGUUUCGUGGUUAUCUCUGUGUUAAAGAAAAGUGAAGAGUUUUAGUAUUUGAUAAGAGGCUCUAAGCUUUCAUUCAUCAAAUUGAAGUUGUCAUUAAACAAUGUUUUUUGAUUAAAGCACUGUUUCAUCAGAUUUACAAUUGUUUGGAGGGGAGCUAUGUGUGCGAAACAUGUAUGGGCUUUCGGAUUACGACCUGAAGCCAGGCAUGGAGACGGAUUCAAUCAAGUCUGCCUUAAGUGAGCCUAGCUCAAAAACUAAACGCUCAAGAUCUCAUACUAAUCAUCGAACUACUCAUCGGAGUCACUCUCAUAAAAGUUCAAGGACCAACAGAAGUCAAAACCAAGAAGAAAAUAUGGCUCCUUUUCAAACAACUGUUACUGUAGAUGAAACAAGAAAUGGGCAAGAAGUGAUUGAAGUUCAAAUUUUACCUCAGGAUGAAAAUUGGGGAGAAAAUACUACAGCUAUCACUGGCAAUACUUCGGACCAAUCAGGUUCAGUGGAAGAAGUUAGUUUGUGGCAAAAUGAUACUGAUACAGGGAUAAGUUUUCCUUGUAGUAGAUAUGUUGGAACUACAAUUGCUGUUAUUAUAGCUAUUAUGGCUUUUACUAGCCCCACAUUGAUGCUCAUUCUACCAAAAAUAGGAUUUUUUCCAUCUCUUGGGGCUAGUUUAAGUGCUGCUGAGAAAGCAGAACUGUUGUCAUGUGGAGCUGAAUGCAAAGGGCUUUUGGUUUCUCUUUGUUUUAAGCUAGUUCUUUUAGCUGGUGGAACAUGGGCAGUUUUUAUACGAAAGUCUAGGGCAACAAUGCCUAGUAUAUUUGUGUUCCGAGCUGUAGUUUUGCUUUUAGUUCUCAUAUGCUGCUUUACUUAUUGGCUCUUUUAUGUUGUCCAAAUUACUGAAGGAGCCCGGGAGUCAGUUACAGGGGAGGAGUCUUUAGAAUAUAGAUCACUUGUUGCAUACGCUGCUAGUCUUACUGAUACACUUCUUUUUAUUCAUUAUUUAGCUGUUGUUUUAAUUGAACUAAGACAUAUUCAGCCAAUGUAUUAUGUUAAGAUUGUGAGAAGCCCGGAUGGUGAAAGCAAAGCAUAUGCAAUUGGGCAACUUAGUAUUCAAAGAGCAGCAGUUUGGAUCUUGGACAAAUAUUAUACUGAAUUUCCUAUUUAUAACCCUUAUCUUGAAAGGUUACCAGUCUCAAAGUCUCGUAAACCCACAUCAAGCUUCAAAUAUUAUGAAGUUGAUGGAAUAAAUAACACUUCUCUACAGAGUCAAACCAGAGGUGGGUUGAGAGAGUCGAGGAGGAGAGACUCAAGUCAUAAUGAAAGAUUCUAUGAAGAACAUGAUUAUGAGCGAAGAGUUAAAAAGCGUAGAGCUCGACUUAUUACUGCUGCCGAAGAAGCUUUCACUCAUAUCAAGCGUCUUCAUCAUGAACCAGGAAACAAUGGAAAUGGAAUGGAUUGCCAUGAAGCAGCUCAAGCUGUUUUCCCAUCACUUGCUAGGGCUUUGCAGAAAUAUCUGAGGGUGACAAGGCAGCAGCCUCGCCAUAGUGUUGACUCAAUACUUAAGCACUUAAGUUUGUGUUUAUCUCAUGAUCUUUCACCAAGGGCUUUUCUUGAACGAUUUUUGCAACCAGCCCCAGUGUUGCAGAAUGAAAAAGAGCAGAAAGAAGUGCAGUCAUGGUCCUUGAUCUGUGAUGAACUUCUUACUAGGCCUCUCAGAUCUGGGGUUGUUUUUCAGCUAAGGCAGAGUGAUGUUUCCCUUAUGUGUACUUUUCAUGCCCUGCCUCACUUUAAUAUAGCAGAAGAAGUUAUUGACCCUCUUACUAACAGGUUUGUUAUUCGGUUGAAUUCUGAAACAUCUGUUUGACCAAAGGAGAACAUGUUUGAUGUUUCGAGAUUGAUAUGACACUUGGAAUCAACUUCAAGAAUCGUGGUCUUAUCAAAAAGGUACUUAAAAGUUAUAUUUGCAAAAUUCAUGAAAUUUAAAGAAUAUUUUUCAGCCAAUUCACUUUAAUUUAAUUAUAUCAAAUUUUCAAAAGUGUAUGCAACAUAAUGUGACAUAUUUUAAAUUUAAUAGUGCAGACCUAUAAAAAUAUUUAUAAUUAACAAAAAAAAAAAAAAGACAGAAACAAUAACAUAUUAUCAACAACUAUCAAAUUUUCUAUUUUUAUCAAUGUUAUCAAGAAAAAAAUUAAUGUUGGUAAAUAUAAUAUUUAUAUAUUUAUUAAUGUAUAUAUAAUAUAUAAAUGUUAAUACGUAUUAUUAUAUAUUGUAACCGCCUUACCAAAUUAAUAUAGCUUAUCUGAGUUAAAUGAAGAAAAUGCUUUUAUGGUAGGCAUUUUUUGUACUAAUAUUGAUUUCAACGAACCCUAUGAUUAUCAAAUUAAUUUAUCAUUGUUAAGAAGUUUUGCCUAGGAAUAAGUACUAUAUGAAGUGUGUAUGUUUAUACAUGAACAUAUAUUUUUGUAAUUUAGCUGAUUUGAGAUGAAGUUAAAAUUGAACAUUAACAGUUUAUUUAUUUUUUGGGAAAUGCUUUUAAGUUGGUUUGUCAGGAAAGUUAAUAUAAAUAUUCUUUUUAUUGUUGGGGCAAUUCACCAAGAAUUGGUUCCUCCAGGCCAGUCUGUUAAUAGAAACUUAUAAAUUUACCAUCCUAAGUCGCUCAAAGUUCGUGUGGCUUAGAUUCACUGAAUUUAUCCUAAGGGGUGAAUCUUCUGUUCUGGCAAUGCUCAUUUGUGAGUUGUGCCGGAAUAUCUGUCUUCUAUUUUGAUUACUGUCAAAUCUUCAUUAUUCAUCUGAUUUGAUAAGUUUUCUAAUAUCCUAAAUGCAAGAUGGUGCUGUGGGAAUGAAUACAACAUGUGGGUGACACAAAGAGCUUUAAAACUAAAAUGCAAUGAAUGUCAAAGCAGCUGAAAAAACGCUUCACAGAAGACUUCUAAGGAACUUUCUGGAAUCAGAGAUGGUGCAAGCAUAUAGUUUCUCAAAGAGAAUAUUUUGAAGGGGGUUGUUAACUUAGGAAGGAAUACUUCUUUUUAUAUUUAAGCAUAAGUAAUAGCUCUAACAAAUGCUACACUCUGAAAGUGAGAUGUCCUAACUACUAGAGAAUUACUAGCUAAGUCAUAUGUUUUUUUUCCUGUGCUUACUUAGAUUCCGUUUAAGUGGAGUGAUUUUAAAUACAAUGACAAUUACUUUCUGUGAAAUUCAUGCCUAUUUUGAUGCUUAUCCUUAAUUUCAUUUUUUUAUUCUUAAUGUUCCUUCAAGAAGCUGAACCAUUAAAAAAAAAACAUAAAAAUCUCAGUGGGUGAACAAUUUUCACUUUGUUGGUUUGAGAGGACAGCAUGCAUAUCGAAUUUUGGGUUUUGAUUGUUGAUUGAAAAUCCGAAAUUCUGUGUUUAAAUAUAACCUAAUUACAGUCCAUUUGGCUUGAUCAGGGACAAUAUAGAAUUACCUGAUUAAAUCUAUAAUUAAUUUAUUUUUCACUUUUAUAUGAAUUUUCCAGACAAACCACAUUCAUAAAACAUUCUGUAUAAUUUCUGAAGUAUAGCAUAUCACCACCUUAAGUGUUUCUUAAACAGCUUGAAGAUUUCAAAUCUAUUUUUGUUUUCAGUUUUAUUAAUAUCAGAA